CACCAAUAAUUAUAGCCUUCUUGCAUCAUAUAUACAUACAAAGCACUAUACACAAGGAAGAUGAGUUCGCCCAGACCAGGUGCCGACUAUCAAGUGUUUCUGAGUUUCAGGGGACCGGAUACCCGAUUUUGCCUCUACCAUUUCAUGGUGGACGCGGGGAUUCGCGUCUUCAGAGAUAAUGAAGAGAUUCGGCCUGGUGAAAAGAUCCAAGAGAUACUGAGAGCCAUCAACAACUCAAUAGUCUGCAUACCUAUCUUCUCUAAAGACUAUGCUUCCAGCAAAUGGUGCCUACGUGAACUGGCAGAAAUGGUGGAGAAGAAGAAGAAGAUCAUGCCCAUAUUCUAUGAUGUGACCCCCGACGAUGUCAAGCUCAAAACAUGUCUAUAUCGUGACGCCCUGACCAGACACUGGAAAGAAAAGGAGAAGGAGCAAUGGGAAAAGGCACUUAAGGAGGUUGUCGAAACCAGUUGUUCGGAAUCAUCAACAAACAAAGAGGAGAAGGCACUUGUGGAGGUGGUUCAGAUAAAGGGAUGGGAAUUGAAAGAUAACGGCUAUGGUGAAAUAUGCAAAUCUAUCGUCAAAGAGGUACUUGUUAACCUUAAGAUAAGAAACAGAGUUAUAAGUGACCAUUUAGUUGGAAUGGAUGAUCUAGUCGAAACAAUGUCAAAUCAAUUAGACAUCCAUGUGCCUGGCGUACGAUAUGUGGGAAUUUAUGGAAUUGGUGGUUGUGGUAAGACAACUCUUGCCAAGAUUAUGUUCAACCAGCUCUCUGCUUGCUUCGAUGCUUGUAGUUUUCUUGCGGAUGUUCGAGAAUCAUCAAAACGUGGUCUCCUAUAUCUGCAGAAGAAACUAGUUUCUAAUCUUCGAGCAAGACACUCAAGCGAUAUUUCCGAUGUUGAUGAUGGGAUUAAGACGCUAAAAGAUAUAUGUAAAAGCAAGAAAGUUCUCAUAGUUCUUGAUGAUGUGGAUAAGAGGGAGCAAAUUGAGAGCCUAGCUGGGAGUUUCAGUUGGUUUUCCUCCGGAAGUAGGAUAAUUGUCACAACGCGGGAUGUACGUGUCCUCACGGUAGUCCAAGAAGAAUUGGAUGGAGACACUCCCGUGAACACAAAGAUGUCGACUUUGGAAAUGAAAGGACUGGAUUCUGAGCAAGCUCUUCAACUCUUCAGUACCUUUGCUUUUAAGACGGACCAACCUCCGGCUGACUACCUUGAUCUUUCGAAGGAAGUCAUUUCUCUUACUGGACAACUUCCUUUAGCUCUUGAAAUCAUUGGUUCGCAGCUUUUCGAUAAGCGCAAAGUAGAAUGGGAAGAAAAAUUAAGUACUCUAACAAAAAUACCUCAUCAGAACAUCCAAAGAAAGCUAAUGAUAAGCUAUGAAGAUCUAGAAUACCGUACAAAACAGAUAUUUCUUGACAUUGCUUGUUUGCCUGUUAACUUGAAAAAGGCAAAUGCAAUUCCCAUGUGGAGAUCUUACGGUUUGCAUCCGGAGGUGGGGAUUAAAGACUUAAUUUCCAUGUCCCUUAUCAAAAUUGUUGAUGAGGACAAGAUAUGGAUGCAUGAUCUUCUUAGAGAACUGGGAAAAGAAAUUGCUUGCAUGGAGAAUUUCAUAGAUAUCCGAAAGCGCAGUCGUCUCUGGAUUCUUGAGGAAGCCUUUGGGAUACUAAAGAGAAAAGAGGGAAGUGGGAAAACUCAAGUGUUGCAUCUAUCAGAUGAUGGUUGUUUGCAAAAUUACAUCCUUACAUGUGAAAAUUUCAAAAAUCUACGCAAUCUAAGGUACCUUAGGUUGUGCGGGUCGAAUAUUGAAGGAGAUUUUGAGCACCAAUUUCCACGGUUAUGCUGGCUAUGUUGGCAAUCUUGCCCUUCUGAUUUCAAGGCGAAAAAUUUGAAUUUAGAGAAGCUGGCCGUACUCGACCUCUCAAGCAGUCACAUCAGUGAAAACUGGGAAGGAUGGAGCCAAAUUCGAGUUGGAGAUAAUUUGGCAGUUUUAGACCUAUCCAACUGCAAAAGAUUAUAUAGGACACCAGACUUAUCACGGUAUUCAACUCUUGAGAGAUUGAUUCUUAAAGAUUGCUGCUCGUUAUGUCAAUUAGACUGCUCCAUUGGGAAGCUGAAAAGGUUGAAGCACUUGAAUUUGAAUGGAUGUCGGAGUCUUCGAGGCUUGCCUGGAGAAAUAGGUUCUGCAGAAGCUUUGGAAGAGAUCUUCCUAGAAGGCAGCCACAAUAGUUUCACUUUGUUACCAGAAUCGGUCAGUAACUUGACGUCCUUAACGACAAUCGAAGUAGACAACUCUCAUAUCUGUCAACUUCCAGAUAGUAUUGGGCGAUUAGGGAAAGUCACACAUCUCUCGUUGGAGCAAUGUCAUCAGAUGAGGAGACUUCCAAACACCGUUGGAGAUAUAAAAUCAUUACUUGAAUUAGAUCUAUCAUAUACAGGGAUCACAGAAUUACCCGAUUCCCUCGGACGCCUGAAGAAGCUCAAGCGCCUUUCUUUGAUGGCAUGUCCAAACAUUAAAAAGCUUCCAGACUCACUAGGUGAUCUGAAAUCUUUAGUCGAGUUGGAUAUAUCUUCCACACAACUCAUUGAGUUACCCGACUCCAUUGGGAAUCUGGAGGAAUGAAAUUAUUGAAGAUGGAUGGUUGUCACGUGGAGAAGCUACCUAGAUCUAUUGGGAUGAUGAAGAAGCUUGAAGAGCUACAUGCUGAUAGCAGCUCCUUGAAAGGCGAAAUCCCCACUGAAAUAGGCAUGUUGUCUUGCUUGAGAGUCUUGGAGUUAUCAUCUACAAAGAUAUCCUCAUUGCCCUCUGAAAUUAGUCAGCUCUCUUCUCUCCAAAAAGUCUCUUUGAGAUGUUGCCAUGGACUAGAAGAUUUGCCGAGGCUUCCCAUUUCGUUGUUAACGUUACAGGUCAUGUCAUCGGCAUUGAGGACGGUCCCUGACCUCUCCGGACUGAAUAACCUCACUGAUUUACUCUUGCUCGGUUAUAUCCAAGGGUAUCAGUUUAGUCAAUUAAGCCAAUCUGCAGAAUCAAUGAAUCCGAGUAGAUGGAUGAGGAAUGAGUGGACGGUGAAAAGAAGAAUUGGUCAGAUUAUCAAUCUACCGAAACUGGAGAAUCUAGUGCUCCAGCUUUCGAAUGUUACCAGCUUACCAGUGGAGAUAGGUGCUUCUCAAGUACUCAAGUUUCUCGUAGUGGGUGGUCCACAAUUACGGCACAUCCCUCAGCUUCCGUCCAGUCUCUCCACUCUGGUUUUCUGGUGCUUGAAGUUGAAUGGGAAGCAGCCAUGCCUUUCAAACUUGAAAAAGUUGACAUCUCUAGGUUUCCUCGAGUGUUCGAUAGGAGAAGAUGGUUUGGAAUGUCUGGGAGUUGGAGAACUCGAGCAACUGGAAACACUCAGUAUUUACUGUGACACGACAGAUCUUACUGGUCUUCAGCUCCCGCCAAAUUUGCAGAAACUGUAUGUAGUUGACUGCGCUUACGUGAGGAGAUUACCGGAUCUUUCACACUUGAAGAAUCUGAAGUUGUUGAAAUUGCAAAACUGCAAACAACUCGCGGAGAUUCCAGGCCUUGGAGAGUUAGAACCGUUGCCAAAAAUAUCUAUUGUUUCGUGCGAUUCAUUGGCAAAUCAGGAGAUAAGAUCAAAUAUGCCAGAAGAGACCUUAUAACGGGCAAAGCGGAACACAGGGGAUUAUGAUUAUCCACCCCAAAGACCCCAAAGCAGAACGCAGUUCCACCACGUCGAAGAGCCACAAAAUGCAAAACCAGAGCAAAUAUAUGCGUCUCUUCGACAUGUUGAUCUGAAGAAAUGAACUGUGGCAAAAGCAGACACUGCCUCCAGCAGAUUCAUGAGACCAACAAGCAAGCUUGCCGUUGAGUUGAAUCUUCUUAACAAUACAAUACAGAGAAAUUUGCUUUGCUAUGAGUAUGACUUGUAAAGUAAAGUUAGUAAAUUUGCUUGGUAACGUCAAAGUCCAACGUAAGUAUUAUAUUUAUAUUUAUAUUUAUAUAGAUAUAUAAUAUAUUGCAGAGUGAACAAGGGAAGUAGCGACGACAGGUAAAGCGAUAUAUAUAGUUCAUGAAUGAUAUAUACAUAUAAGGGUUGGGUUUGAUGUUCAAUUCAUG